UUUAAUUAUAUAUUUAUUACCGAAAUUUCCAAUUUCGGAUUUCAAGGACAGAACGCGAAGACUCCGCUUUGUCCCAGGUUCCAUAAUUACAGUGCGGAGAUGUCUGUGCCUUCUGACUCCAGAGACAGCAACACAAAAGAUAACUUCAAGCUUGGCAGGAGACCAAACUCAGGAAGUGUUUCUCUGCAAUGAAUUUGAUUGACAGCUGCACAGAGCCUCACUGAAAGCUGCAAAGAGACUCACUGAAACAUGCAUAGAGCCUCACUGAAAGCUGCAAACAGCCUCACUGAAAGCUGCAAACAGCCUCACCGAAAGAUGCACAGAGCUUGAGGUCUUCUAUUCAUCACAGCACUGCAAUGAUGCGAGGGUGGAAGUUUUCCCCCAGCAGGCUUCAGAGAUGUCAUGGCUGCUGGGAAACGCCCACUUUCUCCUUUUGGUAGAUUUCACUGUGAGCGAGAAUAAAGGUUGAUGUCUGCAGAAUACUUCAAGAUUAAGGUUGCCAGCCCAGUUCUUUUGGUUCCCUUUGCAAGAAGGGAGUCAGAUUGCACCCUCCCUUGGCUUCACCAACCCUCUUCCCAAUGAGUGCCAGCAUCUCCAAGCAGCUGAGGCUAUCGAUGCCACCUUGUCUGCUGAACGGGACCUCUGCCUCUAAUGCCACCAGCUGCACCACACAGGUAGAGCCUUUGUUCCAGAGCUUCUCCUCCACCCUGGUCCUCAUCGUCUUGGCCACUGUCAUCUUCUGCCUGGUGGUCCUGUCCCUCAGCACCUUUCACAUGCACAAAAGCAAGAUGAAAAAACGCAAAAUCGAGAAAGCCCAGGAGGAAUACGAGAGAGACCACUGCAGCCCCAAGGCAGAAAGAGGAAAUGUACACGACAGGGUGAACAGACAUCAUGCCCAAGAAGAGAUUGGCAUCACCAAUUCACCAAACAUCCAGAGGAAAGAACAGAGCCCCCCAUGCCAGGAGCCCAGGAUUACUGAGCAGUCUCACCAGGAAGCCUCAGCAUUGGACACAGAGGACCUACUGCAAGCUGUGGUCUUGUCCUGAUCUGGAGGGUGGCUUCCCCUCCCCAUUUUGGGCACUUUAUUGUACAUAUUUGGUGAAACCGUCCCGGAGGAAAAUAAAAAUAAAAAAAGAAACAAAAAUAAGUAAAUAAAUAAAUAAUAAAAUAAUAAUAAUAAUAAUAUUAAUAAUAAUAUACAUAUAUAUAUCUCUCUCUCUCUCUCUUCUCAAUCAAUAAGUAUCCAUCCAAGCGCAUGAAGACGAGCCCAUCUUGCCUUCCCAUUGAGCGAUUAUACAAGAAGAAGAAGAAGAAGAAGGGGUUUAGUCUAUUGUUUUUAUUUUUUUAUUUUUUUUUAUUCUGGAGACGAAAAAGGCACACAAUGCUAACCAAAUACCAUGUCAUCUGACUGAGGAAUCCCAUAUAUAUAUAUAUAUAUAUAUAUAUAUAUAUAUAUAAAGAUCACCCAGGAUAUCUCCAUUGAUAAUAUAUGUGAACAUCAACAUCCAGGAGGAAUAAACGAGGAACUGGGUGACUUCAAGGAGAUGCUUUGAGGGUAUGAGGGUCUUCUGUCAGGGUUGAUGGAAGAAUAAUUUAUGGUCCAUUAAGAACACACAGAAAGCAAAUAUAUUAAUGAAAAUAAUAAUUUUUUUUGUUUUGUUUUUACUAUGAUAACAUUUGCCUUGUGCAGCUUUAAGUCUUGGUUCUCUCCUGCGCUGCACCUUUGCUUCUGCUGCAAUCCCCUUCUCCAGGAGCUGUCCACUCUCUCCGGUGCUGAACUCCGAAGUCUAUGCUUUCAGCUAUAGCUCCAAUACUAAGUUAACUCUCUCUUACCCUCUCUUCAUGCUGUUUGCUUCUCUUACUGUCUGAACUGUUACCUAUACACAAUCCUUCUUUUUUUUUUGUCUUUUUUUUUUGUACAAAGCAAAUGGCUGUGAUGUGCAGUCCUGAAGUGCAGUUAUACGGUGACUCAAUCCCAAUGCUAUUAUUCCGACUACGACUACAACCAGUUCUUAAUUUCCUUUUCUGUUGCCUUUAUGUUAUCUCCUGAGGCAAAAUAUAGCUCUGUACUAUGCACUC